AUGAACCUGCAGCAGCCAGCCUCCUUCAUCCCCCCCGUCCACCCGGAUGUGCAGAUGAAAGCGCUGCCGUUCUACGACGUGCUGGACAUCCUCAUCAAGCCAUCGAGUCUAGGAGCAAGCGCAACACAGAGGUACCACCAAGAAAAAUAUUUCAUCUUUGCCUUGACUCCCCAGCAGGUUCGAGAAGUAUGCAUAUCCCGAGACUUUCUUCCAGGUGGCAGAAGAGACUACAUGGUUCAAAUUCAGCUGAGGUUCUGCUUGUCAGAGACCAGCUGCCCCCAAGAGGACAACUACCCCAAUAGCCUCUGCAUCAAAGUGAACGGGAAGCUUUUCCCUUUGCCCGGAUAUGCACCGCCACCUAAAAACGGCGUGGAGCAGAAGAGACCCGGCAGACCUCUCAACAUUACCUCCCUCGUCAGACUUUCCUCUGCCGUGCCAAACCAGAUAUCGGUCACAUGGGCGCCCGAAAUUGGAAAGACCUAUUCUAUGUCCGUGUACCUGGUGAGGCAGCUGACAUCGCCACUGCUCCUCCAGAGGCUGAGGAUGAAGGGCAUCAGAAACCCAGACCACUCCAGAGCACUAAUUAAGGAGAAGCUGACGGCAGACCCUGACAGUGAAGUAGCCACAACGAGCCUCAGAGUGUCGCUCAUGUGCCCGCUGGGUAAGAUGCGGCUGACGGCGCCCUGCCGGGCGGUGACCUGCUCCCACCUGCAGUGCUUUGACGCUGCGCUCUACCUGCAGAUGAAUGAGAAGAAGCCCACCUGGAUCUGCCCCGUGUGCGACAAGAAGGCCGCCUACGAGAACCUCAUCAUUGACGGUUUGUUCCUGGAGAUCCUGAACGACUGCUCGGACGUGGACGAAAUCAAGUUCCAGGAGGACGGGACCUGGUGCCCGAUGAGGCCCAAGAAAGAGGCGGUGAAGGUCCCCUCCCAGCCAGUCGCCAAAGUUGAGCCGGUGGCCGCCGUGCGCCAGUCCUCGGUGGUGUCCCAGUCUACGGACACCGGCCCGAGCAGGAAGGCGGACGUCAUCGACCUGACCCUGGAAAGCUCCUCCUCCUCCGACGACGACGAGAAGGACGCGGACCCCCCGCUGAAGAAGCAGUGCAUCUACAUGUCCAAGAGCGAGGAGCUGCAUGCAAAAGGGGUGCUGACCUACCAGCCCACGCUGCACGUGCCAAACGUCCAGGCCCUGGAGCAGUCCUACCUGAGCUCCACGCUGGCCGACUUCGCCGUCCCCUUCCACCCCUCCACCCUGGCCAGCAUCCCCACCGACAUGCAGAGUGAGUCGCUAUGGAGACCUCACCGGCUCACCCCCCCGCUGCCCGUCACUGACCACGUGUCUCUCCCCACAGGUCUGGAUCUGUUUUCUUUAAUCCAAGCUGACCCACAGCACUACCGGCCGCAGAUGUUCCUGGACAGCCUGGCGGGCAGCAUGCAGAGCGCGGCCAGCACCAGCUCGGCCCUGGUGUCCUCCUCCUCCUCCAGCGGUCACUACGACGGCGCCGGCAGCCGCGCCGCCGCCAUCCACGACGGGCGGGGCCUCUCCGGGGGGGGGGCGGGCGCCGCCGGGGGCACGGACAGCAGCAUCUCCGACAUCAUUUCUCUGGACUGA